AUGUAUCCUAAACGCAAAAGUCGCCCUCUCACAACAGCUAUAUUUCUCAUCGCCGCCAUAUACAUUCUCUUCUUCUGGCUACCCAAAACACAAACAUUCCAACACCGCCUCCCAAAACCAAUCUCCAGACAAGACAAAACACUCCGUUCAGAUGCAAUCCGGCUAAAUAAAGUCACCGAGAAAUACCCUGUCAAAGAAUUCAUCCAAUUGCCUACAGGAUCAGCAACAAUUCCUCGCAUCCAGUAUGAAUUUCCCGAAGAAACAAAAAGCGAGCGCAAAGCGCGCUUGAAAAAGCGCGAUGCCAUCAAAAACACUUUCCUGCAUUCCUGGAAUGGAUAUAAAGAGCGCGCCUGGUUGCGUGAUGAAGUCAAGCCUGCCUCCGGCGGUGUCACCGAUUCCUUUAAUGGGUGGGGCGCAACACUGGUCGAUUCCAUGGAUGCGCUGGUGAUCAUGGGUCUAGACGAUGAGCUUGAGCUGGCUCUUGAAGCUCUGAAGGAAAUCGACUUCACAACCACGAAAAGUAAACAGGUUCCUGUUUUCGAGAUCAUUAUUCGCUAUAUGGGCGGUUUUAUGGCCGCCCACGACCUGACCGAAGGCAAACAUCCAAUCUUAAUUGAAAAGGCAACAGAACUCGGCGAGAUGAUUUACCAUGCUUUUGACACGCAUAACCGCAUGCCUUCCGUCCGCUGGGACUGGACCAAGUCCGCCAAAGGCGAAGAAAUUACUCCCUCUGCCCGAAGCAGUCUAGCAGAAGUCGCAUCUCUGACCCUCGAGCUCACCCGUCUAACCCAAGUAACGGGUGACCCCAAAUACUACGACGCCGUCCAGCGAGUCAUGAACGAGCUCGAGAUCGGCCAGGACAAAACUCGCAUCCCGGGUCUCUGGCCUACAUGGAUAGACAUGGACCGGAUGGAUUUUGACGACACAGAAUUCACGAUUGGCGGAUGUGCCGACUCCGCCUACGAAUAUCUCCCCAAAUCGCAUAUCCUUCUGGGCGCCCAAACGGACAAGUAUCGCAAGAUGUACGAAAAAGCCAUCAAGGCAUUCAACGACAAGCUGCUAUUCAGGGCAAUGACUAAAGACGAAGACGCGCAUAUUCUCUUUGCUGCCAAUGCUGUUGGGUUGCGCGGUAAUUCACAAACGCUGCAAUACUCGCCUGAUCAUUUGAAGUGUUUCAUGGGUGGCUCUGUGGCGAUUGCGUCGAAGAUUUUCGACAGGCCGCAGGAUAUGUUUGUUGCGCGGGGAUUGACCGAUGGGUGUGUUUGGGCCUAUGACAUUAUGCCGACUGGCAUCAUGCCGGAGAUCUUUAAAGUGAGCCAUUGCAAGAAGAUUGAUCAUUGUCCUUGGGACGAGGACAAAUGGCUGGGGGAUGUGAUUUCGCGCUCUAUAGAUUCUGCGGAAACGAGACAGAGAGCGGAGGAUGAGAUUGAGGCGGAGCAGUUGCCACCUGGUGUGACGGAGAUCAAGGAUCCGAAUUAUAAGCUUAGACCUGAAGCUCUCGAGUCUGUCUUUAUCAUGUAUCGAAUUACUGGAGACAGGAGUCUUCAGGAUACUGCCUGGCGCAUGUUCCAGAACAUUGACAAGGCGACACGCACGAAGUUCGGUCAUUCGACUAUCAAAGAUAUCCGCCAUAAAAAACCAAGCUUUGAAGAUAAGAUGGAAAGCUUCUGGCUCGCGGAGACUUUGAAAUAUCUUUACCUGAUCUUUUCUGAACCCGACCAUAUUAGUCUGGACGAUUAUGUGCUAAGCACUGAAGCCCACCCCUUCAGACGACCCGACGCCAGCAGUCACCCCAAAUCCCAUCGAUGA